AUGUAUAAUUCAAACGGAAAUAAUAAUGCCGGCAAUAUUGCGGGCACAACUUAUGGAGCUGUAUAUAAUCAAGGAUCCUAUGGUUAUAGCAACGAGAAAGAACAAGGAAAUAAAGACUAUUAUAAUUCUAAAACUCAAGCUACACCACCUAAUGGCGGAUUAUAUGAUGAACAUUCUCUUAACGAAUAUACAUCAACAAAAAUAAGACAUGGAUUUAUUAAAAAAGUUUAUUCAAUAUUAUCAUUACAACUUCUUAUAACUUUUGGAGUUUCAACAUUAGCUGUUUUAUAUAAGCCAUUCAAUACCUUUUUAAUAGCCAAUCAUGUAUUAUUUCUCGUAUUAGGAAUGGCAUUCAGUUUACCUAUAAUGCUUGCAUUAAUUUGUUUCCCCAAUAUAGCACGAAAAUAUCCACAAAACUAUUUUAUAUUAUUAGCAAUAACGAUAGGAAUAACAUCAAUUGUUGCAUUGACUAGCGCUAUUUUAAAUUCAGAAGUAUUUUUUUACUCGCUGGGAACAACAUCAGUUGUAGUUAUAGGACUUACUAUAUUUGCAUUUCAAACCAAAUGGGAUUUUACAGGAUGGUAUGUAUAUGUUUUUAUAUCAUUCUUAAUACUAUUAUUUUUGGGAAUUAUUGGUAUUUUUAUUAGAAGCAAAAUAUUUAACUUAAUCUUUGCUGGUGUUAAUGCACUUGUAUUAUCCGUAUCGAUUAUUGUCGACACACAACUUAUUAUUGGAGGAAAACAUAAAAAAUUCGAGUUUACAGUUGAUGAUUAUAUUUUUGCUACCUUAUCUUUAUAUAUGGACAUUGUUGAUUUAUUUCUUUCUAUAGCAUCAAUUUUUUCAAAUGCAAAAUAA